AUGACUGACUUCUCUACUGCGAAGCUUAUGGAGCAGGCAAAGCUCGGCUCUCAGCAAGCAAUCCGGGACCUCCUGCAUUUCACCUCAGCAGUAGACUACUCGCCGUCCUACCUCGAUAUUCUCCUUCCUCACUUCGACCGCACCAAAUCGCUUAAGCGAGGCGACAGACACGCUGCUGCUACGGAACGAGAUGUGGAAUUCAAGGGCCUCUUACUCUCGUGUUUCGUGAGGUGCGCUGCGAGCUGGAAUAGGAGUGCCAGCCUCCGGGCGAGGUCAGCGGAGAAGGUCCUCCCGCGGCAGGACGACAUCCUUUUCCUAAUGUCGGUCUACACGGCGCGUAUCCUCCGCGAUACGAAUCCGGCCGUUUGCACGAGAGCGAUCGACCUAGUCUCUCGGUCUAUCGCCUACCUCGCGGAUCUCCUGGACUCGGCGGAGGACGACGGCGUUCUUGACAACCCCCGCGCUCUCCGGCUCACUCUCCUCCUCUGGACCGCCAGAAGAAGGGAUACCAGCCAGCCCUACCACUCCUUCGGCGAACAGCCUUCAAGUUCGCAUUCGUGUUCGAUCCUCCGGUUGCUGAUGCUCUACGCGCGGAACGGCGACGAGCAGUGGACGGCGCUCAUACACCACAUUACAGCAUCAACAAAGUCCUGCACAGCGUUCUGCAAGGCGUAUGUCGACAGGGUGAAGCAGGUCCCCGUUCUCUUCGCUCGGAACGUGCCAGACGGACAAGGCAUUAGUAAUGCGACGUCGGCGGUGCUCGUGGACCACGUCAGGGAGCUCGUCGUCGUUGGAUCCAAGAUGGCGGAGACCCCAGUCCUGCAUCGGCGAUUACGAACGGACGGAUUCGUUCACCACCUCGUUCAAGCACUCCUCUGCGUCCGCUCUCUGAUGUCCACGGAUCUCCGCAGCUUCACCGGAAUGCUCACGAUCACGAUGCAGCUCUCGUAUCAGCAGUACGCGGAUCCGGCGGGAGGUAUUUCAGAGUUGCUCAAUUCGGGUGUUAUGCCUGUUUUCUUUGAGGUCAUUUUGAAUCGAGGACAUGGAGAGGAAGAGGUUGGGCCUAUUCGGGAGUCGGUCUUCUCUAUUAUAGACGCUCUCGCCGAUUUCAUGUUGGAUCCCCGCGUGGUUCGGGAUUUGGAGGGGCUUGCUUCUCGAACGCCUCGAACUACCUGGGACCAGUUGAUGGAAGUGGGGAGGACAAAGGUAAACUUUCCUGACUUUUGGAAGGACUUUCUGGGUACGAUAGGAAAUAGGAGUCUUCUGCUUAGCGAUAUUGCGGCAGGGAAGACGUCGAAGGUUGUGUCUUGCGACAGUCAUAUCCACCCUCAGCUGCGGUCGACUGGAGGCGUGACCACCAAAGAAUGCUCAGGGUGUCGUAGUGUCGUUUAUUGUGGUGAAUCAUGCCAGAAAGCUGACUGGGCCGUACGACACCGACACGAGUGUGGAAUAAUGCGUCAUAGUCGCUAUGCCCGCGAAAGUCAAGGUGUGAAGUACGCGCAACGAACGCGGUCUUUUGCGACUACCGUCAUCCUGGAUCGGUUCCUGCGUGAGGUAGGCUUUGCACAGAACAUAGCCGACGCCCUCCAUCCGACUGCGCACGAGAGCGACUUGAUUGCGAUUGUGAGCCGCCCGUUUGGGGCUUGCUCGUUGGCGGUGACGGAUGUGAUGCCCAUCGACGACUAUCUCCGCCAGCGAUGUCGUAUGAUGAAGGCCAGUUGUCCUGCGAUGGACGCUAGGGAGAGGAAGGUGGUGGAGGAACAUCGUGCGCGGCGGGUGAAGGACACGGUGCUUGUCGCAGGAUCGUUUAGGUAUGACUCGGUGUACCACGUUGAAGUGCUGCUGCAGGUCAGGAAAGAAAGAAGUGGAAUGGUGGUAUUGAGGUCGGUGCAGAGUUUUUUACGCGUUGUUAAGUCACGAGGCAUACCGAGCGCAGAAUUGGAGGAAGACGGAUGGUACAAGGAUCGGAGAUAG